CCUAUCAUAGUGUCACUGUGUGUGCGACAGUAAUUUCAAUUCAAAUAUUCGAUUUAAGUUUAUGGCAGUUGGUCAUAAAAUUUCAAGAUGUUUUUUUAGUAUCUAAGUUAGAUGGUGCUUAUUUAUUUCAAUGACAAUGAGUAAAUACAAUAAAAUUGAGACAGAAGCGGGAUAUCCGUGUUAUAUCGACAAUACAAACAACCAACAAUAUUAUGACCAUCCUCAUUUCCGUGUUAUUUUGAAAUCUUUGGAGAAAUAUAACGAAAUAAAAUACAGCGCAUAUCGUAUAGCGUUUAAAGUUUUCGAGCUUCAAAAACAUCUCAAAGUGCCCCCUCUUCGAAUUACUUCAGGAGUAUUUGCUAGACACCAGUUAAGUCUAUCAGAGAGCAGUCUAUCAUUAGACCCAACAGAAUUGGAAGCAGUUCUUGCUGAUAUAUAUUUUGCGGCAGAAAAGGAAGGUGCCUUUUCUGGUGAUGUUGAUCUGACUGUGGAUUUGUUAAUCAAUUUGUUACUAAAUGUAUAUGAUGAGAACAGAACAACACCAAUAAGAGUGUUGGCUGUUAAAACCCUACUAAUUCUACUAAGUGAAGAGACAGUGUUAGAUAAAUGGCAAGCAUUAGCCAACUGUUGUGCAGACCACAAUGGUUGUGUGUCUCCACGGAGACUGGCCGCUUUACUGACUUACAUGACUGCCCUGCCUAAGUAUCUAGGCACAAACUGUGAUCAAAUACAGACUGAUGUUGAUGCAUGCUUUGAUAAGAGUGCUGGUAUGCUGGGAGUUAGUUCCCGAGCUGUAGCUGAAUGGGGGGUACAGAAUAGUGCAAGUGCCAAAUGGCUGCCGGUGCUGCAGAGGAUUCUUAUAAGAAGAGCAGCACCCGCCUCUGCUGGGUCAUGUUCAGCUUGUAAUCAGCUACUUGCACAGGUAUUACACUUCAAGUGUUCAAAGUGCCGUAGUGUAUAUUUCUGUGAGAAUUGUUACUUGUAUGACAAAAAUAUAACAUUGGUGUCUGGACAUAAGAGGACACAUUUGGUGCAUGAAAUUAUUGACGAUGAGGUGAAUCCACCGGAAUGUCUUGGAUUUGUAAGCGGGAUGAGGAGAUUCUUCUUUUGUACUUCGACAAGAAAGAAAAAGACGACAAAGAAAGAAGUUAAGAAGCAAAGUUCUGAUAAACAGAAAAGUGAUAAGACAGGAUCAGUUCGUAGGAAGGGAAAGCCAGCUAUCUUCACGUCAACAGUCGGCAAAGCUUCGGGCAAUAAUAAAAGCGAUCCAACUAUAACAUUACAAGAUAUUAUCAACCAAUUAGAAACAAGAAAUAUAGCUUUGAAAGAGUUGUUGCAAAAUACUGUAAAUCCUGAAGAUGAUUUAAAAAUGAAAGUGGACUCCCACUAUUCCUUGAUAUCAGCACAGAUUGAUAGAUUAAAAGCCUUAAAGGAAAACCUAACCCAAGUUGAUAUACAAGAUGGAGGCAAGACUGAUAAAAUCUGUCGACCUCAAGCAUUCGACCUCUUCAGUCCAAUACCAGUUGUAGAAGAGAAACAAUCCAGGAUACCUGACAUGAAUACCCAACCUAGAGUUUUGAGUAUGGAUUCUGGUAACUUCUCCGUGGUGUCGAAGCAGACUGAUGUGCCAAGGAUGACAAUGUCAGGAGAUGAGCUGAAACCCGUGGUUGUACAUGCUACGUCUGACAGUAUUUCAGCUGUCUCUGUUGGUGAUGUCAGUAAUUGGUACAAUGCCACAGCUGCAGUGACGAAAGAGUUCGAGCAGUCAGUCCAUGGAGCGAAGGCGCCGGAGUGCAGCCUGGCGGUGACGGAGCGCCGCUUUGCUGACGACAUCCGCAGUGUCGAGACCAGCAAUGACAAAAUGAGGGAGCUAAAUGCUGAUCUGGACACCGUCUUGGAUAGACUGCAGCAAAUAUUGACUAACAACUUCGCUACGGAUGACUCGUGUUUCGAUAACACACAACUGCGUGAGACCGCAAACGAAAUGGAGGGACUACUCGGCACUCUGAUACGCGGAGUCGAACAGAGGGCGACCCUCAACGCGACUAAAGGAAUGGUAUAAAUCUUCAAACAGUACUUCCAUGCCCUGUCCCAAAUCAAGUUUAACUGUAAAUAAUGGAUACAGCUAAUUUUUUUUAAAAGAAAAUAUUUUUUCGACAUCUAAUUUUUUGAGCGUUUAGAAUGUAAGCUAUCAUAUAUGUAAUAUCAAUAAUGACGUUAGAAUAGAGCGUAGUUGGAUGAACGGACCAGGGCGACUGCCCAGGGCGCCCUGAACAGGAAGGGGCGCCAAAGGUCUGCGAAUUAUACUCUCACGUAACCCUGUUAAGCCUCCCUUCCAUCAAAGGCAAGGUAAAAAAGGGGGCGUCGUAGAAAUCUUGCCCAGGGCGCUAGUAGAGUUGGAAGUGUAAUAUGUAGAUUUCCAUAGUGAUAUUUGUUUGUUUAUAAAGUUUUGGUAUUCAUUUGGUAUAAGUGUGUAGUUAAUUAAACAUACUUUUUAAGAUAUACAGGUUUAGGACGAAAAUAAAAUUUAUCGACAUAAAAAAAAACAUGUAACAUUUAAAAGACUAACGUAAAAAUCUCAUUUAGGAUCUCAAAUUCUACUCAAAUUUUUUUUUAAUAAAUGUUCUUUUAACCUUGCUCA